GUCUAGUAACAGGUGUGAAUUUGGGUAUAUAAGGUGGAGCAAAUGUGGACACCAGUACACAACUCUGCUCUCCGACAUCGAGACAAGUUGACUCGUAGCGAGCAGCCAUGAAGUUCUUGGUUGUGGUUGCAGCAGCAGUGGCUGCUGUGAGUGCCCUCCCCACCAACCCAGGUUUUGUGCUCCCUGCUGGUAACAUCGGCCUCUCGGGCAUUACCCGCACUGAUGGCACAAUUGAAGGCUUCACGGGUGACUUCACCCGUGACAUUGUGGCCAUCGGACACUCUGGGAUUGUGACUAGGUCUGGCAACAACGUUCAGCUAGACAGGAACCUUCACAGGGUUAGGCGAGCAUACUAUGGUUUUACUCGCCCUGAAGGAAGUGUUGGUUUAUCUGGUAUUGUCCGCACUGAUGGUACCAUUGAUGCUUUCCCAGGUGACUUCACCCAUGACAUUGUUGCCAUUGGAGACUCUGGAAUCGUGACCAAGUCUGGCAAAAACGUUCAGCUAGACAGGAACCUUCACAGGGUUAGGCGAGCAUACUAUGGCUUUACUCGCCCUGAGGGAAGUGUUGGUUUAUCUGGUAUUGUCCGCACUGAUGGUACCAUUGAUGCUUUCCCAGGUGACUUCACCCAUGACAUUGUUGCCAUUGGAGACUCUGGAAUCGUGACCAAGUCUGGCAAAAACGUUCAGCUAGACAGGAACCUUCACAGGGUUAGGCGAGCAUACUAUGGCUUUACUCGCCCUGAGGGAAGUGUUGGUUUAUCUGGUAUUGUCCGCACUGAUGGUACCAUUGAUGCUUUCCCAGGUGACUUCACCCAUGACAUUGUUGCCAUUGGAGACUCUGGAAUCGUGACCAAGUCUGGCAAAAACGUUCAGCUAGACAGGAACCUUCACAGGGUUAGGCGAGCAUACUAUGGCUUUACUCGCCCUGAGGGAAGUGUUGGUUUAUCUGGUAUUGUCCGCACUGAUGGUACCAUUGAUGCUUUCCCAGGUGACUUCACCCAUGACAUUGUUGCCAUUGGAGACUCCGGGAUCGUGACUAAGUCUGGUAAGAAUGUUCAACUGACCACAGGCUUGCACCGCGUCUAGCAAUACAUCGAUAGCGACUCCAGCAUGCUCACUUCCUGGGGCCAAGGUGUCCUAUUCAAGAGGUCCUUCACCUCCAUCCUCUUAGAAUGACCCAAUGGCAUAAUUCUCUCCGACGACUGUUUUUCAAUAGCCUCUGUAGUAGACUCGACUAUGCAGGUUUAUGGCAUAUAAACAGUUCUAACUGUUUGAAAUAUAAUUUGUCUGUAUAAAAUAUAUUAUAGCUAUGCUCACAAUUUUAAACGAAACUAUAAUAAUGCAGCAAAAGUUAAGAUACUUAGCACCAUCGUUCUUAAACAUAUUUUUCUUAUGUCUUCUGUACAAUGUAAAUUACUCGAUAAGUACUUUGUUUUGCAAAACAUUUAAAGAGAAGUAA